AUGUUCCUGGCACAAAUCCGCCUGAGAGCCGCAGAGAAACUGGAAAGCCAGGCUGGAAUCCUCAGACUCAUCGGUGGAGACUCUCUUACACCGACGAGGGCUUGGAUGGAUGAAAUUCCAGAAGAACCAGAGCGACUGAAGCAACCAGAGCAACCAGAGGAAUCGCAGCAACAGGUUCAGCAUUUAUUAACUCCAGAGGAAGAAAAUAAUGCCAAGGCUGAGCCAGAUCCAGUUGCAGAAGACCCUCUUGCGCGUUACCGGGCGAUGCUCAAAGUUGGUGUCCCUCGACCUGCUGUUGAGAGGCAAAUGCUCAAGAACGGAAUCAAUCCCGCAGCAUUAAAUGGACCCGUUCUGGAAGAAACCACAGUCAUUCAGCACAGCCCUGAACCAGUGGCGAAUGCAACGACAAAGCGUCGAAGAUGGCACUGGAAUGAAGUCCCAGCAGCCGAUCGAGCUCCACCUCCGCUGAGCGGGUCUGUGUGGACUCGGGACAACGAGGAAGACGCAUGUCAACGGGUCAGCACUCUGUCGCAAGCUCGUAUCCAGGAACUGUUCGUGAGAGAGAUUGACAACCAAGUCGAAGGCGACGACCGUGAUUCUUUGGUGUCGAUGACUAGCGAUGCUGAAGUGGCCCUGGCAGUUCAGCAUUCGUCCACAUCUGUAAAGAACGAGAAGGUGCAAGUGAUGAAAGGAACUAAAGGCACAAAUUUGGAGUUUGUGGUGAGCCGACUCAAGCAUCCCUUCGCUAAGGUAGCUCAAGACGUGAACAUCCUGACGGCCAUGUAUCUGCAAGACACGGACAUCAAGACGAUUCUGGCAAUGUGGCCCAGUGUGGCUGAACAAGUCAUCCUAGACGAGUAUUCUGGAGAUUUCGACUCACUGGGGCGUUGUGAGCAGUUUUUGGUGAAGAUCCGAGCAGUUCCAAUGGCAAAAGAGAAGCUCCAAUGCCUUCUAUUGAAACUGGAGCUCCAGUCUCGUGCGGAGGACCUCAAACAACUGGUGGAGCUUGUGACCCGGGCGUUGAAUCAAAUCUGUUCGAGUUCCAAGUUCAAUGAAGUGAUUCGACUUCUUCGAGACUUUGGCAACCUUGCCAACGAGGAGUUCGUGGGGAAUUACCGAGCAAGAUUCUCGCUGGAGUCGUUGCUCAACUUGAGCCACACGAAGGCGUUCGACAAGAAGACCACGAUCUUCGAUGGAUUCUUGUACCUCCUUCGAACUGAGAAGGAUGGAAACCUCGCGAAUUUCUACGAGGAAAUCAACCUUGUUCUGCAGUGCAAGGGCGUGUCAGUGGGUGGUCUAACGGUGGAAAUGAACCAACUUCGCGAGGGUCACCAACUUGUAAAGUCAGUUGCUCUAGCAAGCAGCAAGUUGUCGGACAGGGACGCAAAACUGGCGCAAGAUGCUUUUAAUCAAUUCGCAGAUGAAAUCGACGACAGAUUGCGCGGCGUGCAGGAGAGUUUCGACAAGAUGGAAGCGAGCCACCGCGCGUUCUUGUCGUGGUUCGAGGAGAAUCCCAAUGUGCCGCUGGAUCAGCAUCUCAAGGAGAUCGCGCAGUUCGCGUCGGAAGUCAAAGACAGAUUCGCAGUACUCAACUGGUGCCUUUAA